CACACUGAGUCGAUCUGUUCGCAGCGUGCUCCAUAUGUGCCCUUCUUCAGCACAAUGCCACUGUGAACGUAACGCGUGCAGCAUAAAGUGUGCUGCCUGCUCGGCGAUAUUAUUGCCUUUCAGCCAUUUUGCAGUACGUCAGCUAACGAAGGGCGCUGUGAUUAGCAACUUUGUCACUGGCACAAUUAAUGGAGUCUCCGGCACAGCAGCUCGAUCAGGAAAGUGACCCCGCAGUACCAUCUGUUCUUUGAUAUGCACAACCCGGUAUUUUCAAGAGCUGGCUAGACAACCCUCCGCUGCGCUCUUCCUUGCUCCGGUUUGUUUUGCAACAGCUGUUAUUGAUUGCUUCGCGUUUGUCCCAUCAGAGUGAUCCCCUUGCCACAGAAAGCCCCAGAAGCUUAAAACGCCCUGCUUGAUGUUUCAACCAUUGCAUAUUUGCAAUCGACUGAAAGCGAACCAACCCAGUGUCCUUGCCAAACCCACUGGAGAAGGGCCCAAUCAAAGCGGCCGUCCGUCCCCGUUCCACCAACAAUUCCUCCUUCUAAGCGACCCAAUCUUUUGCCACGCUUUGCAAAGCAGCCCACAAAGCAAUGGCGCCCGCGGACCGCUCCGCCAGCAGCAUCCUCUGGGCAGCAGUGCUCGUUGCGUGCUGCAUUCUGCCGUGCGCCCAUGCUAGUUGCAGUGCCGCGCGCGCCUCCCGGAAGCUCCUGCAGCUGGACCCGUCGGUAUGCCCCUACGAGCUGGGCUUUACCCCAUGCUUUUCUGCUGAUGGCAGCUCGUUGAACUGCGUCCUUGAUGGCUGCGACGGCCACGUGUCCAUCCCCGGCUCCCCCGCCAACCAGCCGCAAGGCGUUCGCGACGCGGGAAACGUCCUCGUCACUUUUUUCACGGCGAUCGGCAACAACGAUUACGCCCUUUACACGACGGCCGUCGAACGAGGCGCCACGUACCAUCCGGACAUCAUAAACCGUCCACCUGUCCUCGCGGACGGUCAGACUGAGCGCGUGUUCGACGAACUCCGGGCCGCGCUGCAGAUUCCCGCCGGGAGCGACUACCGCAGCAUCUUCAAGGUUACGGACGCAGGUAUUGCCCUGAGCCGCGGUGUCGUAGUGGGCGUCGGUCUCCAAGCGGACUAUCCGUCCGUCAACCCAACCCUGACGUUCUACUUCGACGUCAGAGUGACGUCAGCGACCCUCCCCGGGUUUCAGAUUGUAGACUUCUACUUCACCCCGUUUGGGGCACGUUAGGUGGAGCGUUUCGCUCUAGAGCGUCAAGCGGGAAGUGAAGUCCCUGUUUUCUAGAUACGAAGGCUACUCGCAAGGUGCGGGAAGGAAACGUGAGAGUUUUUGCUGGAGAAGUGUGUGUUUGUAUAGGUCCAAAGCUUUAGUAUGCAAGAGUGCCAGUCAUCAAUUCCCCUUUCUAGGGAGUGAGUGUGCUCAUUAAGAGACCAUUUCGGUUGUCAGCUUUAGAACUGUGAGCAUAGAUAGCUCGUAAGAGCCAUCACGCUUGCGAAGUUCUGUCGAAACAGUACAGCCCGUGAGUUUAACUUGAAGGAAGUUUCCAAGGUCUUGCUAGCACGAGCACAGUUCUCGUUUUCCAGCUCGUAUGAUGUAGUAUUGAUGAAUAGAAAGAGCUUGAGUGACGAGAUCCGGGACUCGGUGUUUUUCUGAUGGUGUACAUAGGCGUUUGGUCAACGGUUUGACUGUGAGGGAAACUUGUAGCUCGUAAGCAAGUAAAAUGCUUGUUCUCUUUUGUCUUCAGACGGGUCGGACUUGCAAAAGUAAUGAUACGCUGGAUCGUGCAUG